AUGCAGGACCUCUCGGCAAGUGUGCCGCUUCCGGAUGCUCAAACCGCGGGUAGCGUCGACGAUAUUUUGUCGGCCCUGGAUGGCCUCCGCACUUACUACGCGGCAUUCUGCGCGCCCGACGGUAUCGACCUCCUCCAAGUCAUGCACAAUUUUGUGCGCCAAAUGAUCGGAAUCUCACUUUGGAACGCUGACGACCUUACGUAUUUGGUCUAUUGGCUUAAUAGCAUCCUAGAGGAAUACCGCACGUGCGCGCAUCGAGACGCGUCGACCGGUGAAACGUCUCGCAUAAACGUCAAAGACAAGGUGGACUGA